UCUUGAGUACGGAGAACUAAACUUAUGUGUUUCUAUUUGUACAAUAAAAUGGCAGAAGCCAGUAUUUCAUCGUGUGAUCUUGACGUGUUGGUCUGUCCAAUCUGUCUGGGUCUCCUGAAGGAUCCAGUGACUAUUAACUGUGGACACAUUUACUGUAUGAGCUGUAUCACAGCCUACUGUGAUCAUGAUGAUCAGAAGAGAGUCUACAGCUGCCCUAUGUGCAGACAGACCUUCAGUCCAAGACCUGUUUUAGGUAAAAAUACCAUUCUGGCUGAUGGGAUGGAGAAACUGAAGAAGACUGAAUUGUGUCUGAACACUUACUGUCAAAUUCACCUUGAACAACACGCGACUGUGAAACAGUGUUCAGAAGAUGCAGAAGUCUUUACACCUGAAUAUAUUGAGAGGGACCGUGAGGGCAAAAGAACAAACGCAUACAGGUUUGUUUCUCCACAUGCUGGUCAGUUUCGGUGCAGUUUGACCAACCUUGUGUUUGUGAUGGAGGGUACAGGAGAGAUGCUGUAUAAAAUCGUGCCCUGGGAUCCACGACUUUUGUGUGGUUUGGGUCAGAUGCAGCCUGCAGGACCCUUGUACAACAUUGACUGUUUUGAAGGUUCAAUCUCACAUCUGCACCUUCCACACUGUGAAAUUCUCACUGACAGAGAGAGAAAAUACUGGAUGUCCAUUUGCUUCCAGUGACCGUUCCUGUGUCAGAGGUACUAAAACUUUUUUCCUUGUUAGAGGAAACAAAUACAGUAAUAAUGUAACUUAUAUUUUGUGAUCAAUUUCUGUCAUGCAAACUUUUCAAUUACACUUUAUAUACACACACCAUUGGUUUUAAACAUAUUAAAUAUACAGUAUAUUUCUGCAUUAAGAUCUUAAGUUAUUAAGACGAACUUAUCUUGUAAAUUUAAAAAUGCAAUGUAAUAAUGAAUCACUCACUUGAGUAUAGAAACACUAAUCACAGUCAGGUUAUCUUUACUGGUAUAACAUCUUUCACAAAACACAUUCAUUUGCAGCAGGUUUACAGAAAUCAUCCACUUAUAUCUGUUCUCAUGCCAUGGUUUAUACUAUAGAAAUCUUUUUGGAAGUGAAAAUCACAGCCUCUCUAUCAUUUUAGG